ACAAUUAUAAAAACGUAAUUAUCCGUUUGCAUAUGAGAUCUUUACUAGUUCAUAGAUUAUUGUUCAGUUUCUGUAAUAAUCAAGCAAUCAAGAAGAGAGGAAUCAUCAUGUCUUCUUCUUCAUCUUCAAGCAGUCAAACUUCCGAUUUCGAUAAGCCGAGAUUAGUUGUGAAGAAGGUUCUAGCGAAGGCUCAAAGCGAAGGAAAUGGAGCUGUUGUUAGGAGAAGCAUUGGACGACCAGAAUUGAAGUCAUUGGAUCCGUUUCUAUUGUUAGAUGAAUUUACAGUUUCUGCUCCUGCUGGAUUUCCUGAUCAUCCACAUCGAGGUUUUGAGACUGUUACAUAUAUGUUGCAGGGGGCUUUUACUCAUCAAGAUUUUGCUGGACAUAAGGGUACAAUAAGAACUGGAGAUGUUCAGUGGAUGACAGCAGGUAGAGGUAUAAUUCAUUCAGAGAUGCCUGCAGGUCAAGGUGCUCAAAAAGGACUUCAAUUGUGGAUUAAUCUUGCCUCCAAGGAUAAAAUGAUUGAACCUAAUUAUCAAGAAUUACUAAAAGAAGAGAUAUCAAAAGCAGAAAAAGAUGGAGUUUCAGUAAAGGUGAUAGCAGGUGAAUCAAUGGGAGUAAAGUCACCAGUUUACACAAGAACACCCACAAUGUACCUUGAUUUCACCAUCAAACCAGGUUCCCACCUCCAUCAAACUAUUCCAGAGUCAUGGAACUCCUUCAUCUACAUAAUCGAAGGUGACGAGGGCGUUUUCGGUAUAUCCAAAUCCGCCCCCGUCUCUGCCCACCAUGUUUUGGUGCUGGGUCCCGGCCAGGGUCUCAGUGUCUGGAACAAGUCGGCUGACCACGAGUUGAGAUUCGUGCUCAUCGCGGGUCAGCCAAUCAACGAGCCCAUAGCUCAGUAUGGUCCUUUUGUGAUGAACACUCAAGCUGAAAUUGAACAGGCUUUUCAAGACUAUCGACAUGCUAAGAAUGGGUUUGAGAAGGCCAGAUCUUGGAAUUCUAAGUAGUGU